AUGGCUGUUUGGGGCUCAGCUACUCAUCUUUAUUUAUUUCCAAUCUUUAACGGCUUAUCAUCCAGUAGCAGCCCCAUUCUCUCGUCAAAUGACUUCAAGUUAAUUAUUGCUCAAAGAAGUGGAUUGUUGGAUAAUUAUUUAUCUAAUGAGUUUGAAAACCCUCAAUUAAUUGGUGAAAUGGAGGGAGUUCUGGGUUUUUUUGAUAUAAAUGAAAUAGCAGACACUAAAGGAAAGAAAAAAGGUCAUCUAGUUAUCGUUACUAACGAUAAUCUAGACUUGAAAUCAAACAAACCUGUCAACUUUCAAAUUGAUUUUGACGAUGCAUUGGUUUAUGAAUCAAUUAAUGAAAUAUUAACUGAUAAUGGUAAUGAAGCUAAUGAAAUCGACCAAUUCUCAAUUUUUUAUAAUUUCGACACCGAAGACAGUGACAACACUAAUUUUGUUGACAAAGUUUUGAGUUCUGAGUUGAGUGUUUUGAACUACGACAAUAUUAAAAUACCUAAAAAAUUGCCAGUCUUGAAUUUCAUUGAAAAAUUGCAAUCUUUCAAUAUUAAAAUUACUUUACUUUUAAUCAACAAUAAUCUGAAAAGUGAAGAAUCCUCUAUUUCCAAAAAUACGCCUGUUAAAACAUUGAAGUCUAUUGGCAAUUCAAAAAUAUACAAGAGAUCACUAUUAACCUCAUCUGGUUGCUUUUUGUCUGAAGAAGAUUGUAUUAUGUCUACAAACAAUUGUAAUACAAAUGGCAUUUGCUCGUCAUCUUCUAAUGGUGAUUGCUGGAGUUGUGUUUGUUCUGCUUCUUAUAAUCAGACUAAAAGAUCCACCACGACAUGGGCAGGUUCUGACUGUUCAAAAAUUGACAUUUCUAUUCAAUUCAACUUGUUAUUUUGGUCUGCGUUUUUAUUAAUUGUUUUUUUAAUAGGUGCUCUAAAGUUGAUCUUCAAAAUGAACGAACAAGAACUACCAGGUAUUUUAAGUGCUGCUACAAAUAGUAAAUAA